UUGGACACCAAAAAGGAGAAGCUUGGCCCUUCUGCCAGCAUGUUUAAGCUGAGUGAUCUGCUGUAUGGCAGGACCUACAUCUUCACCAUCAGACCUCUGUAUGGAGAGGUGGAGGGACCCAUCACCUCUAUCAACCACAGGAUAGUGGCCAAGGACCGUCCUCUGGUGCCUGUCCAGUCUUUACCUGUCACGCCUUCCCCUCUCCUCCCUCACACCCUCACCGCCUCCCACCCCAACGCAGCCAAAGCCCACACCCUCACCGCCUCCCACCCCAAAGCCACCAAAGCCCACACCCGCUCCACCGUCACCAAAGCCCCCUCCAAAACCACCGCCGGCACCGCCAAGAAACCCCCAAGCACCACCGUUGUCAAAACAGCUGCAGCCACCACCAGCGUCGGCCAUCUUACCACCAAUACCAGAAACGUAUUGGCUUUGGAUACAGAGACAACUGUUGGACCAGGGCCAGUGUGUGGCAGGGUGAAGGCAGACAUAGUGUUCCUGGUGGAUGAGUCAUGGAGCAUCGGAUCCAAUAACUUUGCCAAGCUCAAGGACUUCCUGUUCCGGGUUGUCACCUAUUUCCCUGUGAUUGGUCCUCAGGGCACACAGAUAGCAGUUGUGCACUACAGUGAUGAACCAAGGAUAGAGUUCAAACUGAAUGAUUACAAGAACAGGAACUCUGUCCUAAAGGCUCUGAGAGGAGUACACUAUGGAGGAGGCAACACCAAAACAGGGAAGGGGAUGAGCUACGUUCUGAAGGAGCUGUUCCAGGAGUCUCUGGGGAUGAGGCAGGAUGUGCCUCAUGUCUUGGUGUUGCUGACAGAUGGCCGGGCCGUGGACGAUGUGGAGCAACCCUCCAGGAUCGCACAGGCUUAUGGUGUGAGUGUGCUGGCCAUCGGGGUGGCCAAUGCAGACAUGGACGAGCUGAAGAAGAUAGCAUAUCCAGCCAGCUACCAGAACAUCUUCUACGCCAGGGACUUUGAUGACUUCUCCUCCAUAGAGAGAGAGUUCAUCAGCAACAUCUGCAGCGAGGCGCUGCUCUCCGAGUUCAGACAACACCACGAGUCUGCCCAGCUGGACACUCCAACUGAUGACCCUGAUGAGCUGACCAAACCCCAGGGCCCCUGCUCCUUACAGUGCAAGGGGCAGAAAGGUGAAAGGGGAGAUGGCUCUGGUAAUGGUGGACUGAGACUCCAGCAAAACACUGCGAUGUUUGAGUCAAUUGGCCUCAAGUCCAAAGGAGAGAAAGGAGAGAGGGGACUUCCUGGAACAGAUGGUGUCCCUGGGUUGCCAGGACGACCAGGACGAACCGGACCCCCAGGUUCAGCCGGACAACGGGGUUUAGAAGGUGUUCCAGGUGAUCUGGGGCCUCCUGGUAUCACUGGUCCAAAAGGCCAGAGAGGAGAGAGGGGGGAGCCUGGGUAUGUUAUAGGGGGCAUAGGAGACGGCCAUUAUGCUCCUGGACGAAAGGGAGAGCCUGGAUCAUCAGGACCCCAAGGGGCUCCGGGUGUACCAGGGUCUCUGGACCCUCAGGCCUGCCUGGACAGUCAGGUUCACCUGGGUCCUCAGGGAUAUCUGUUAAGGGGGAACAUGGGGAGGCAGGUGCUAAAGGCCAAGCAGGGUUACCUGGUCCCAUUGGAAUUGAUGGUGUUCCAGGCUUCCCAGGUCAAAUGGGAUAUAAGGGAGAGGAGGGAAUCGGGGUUCCCGGUGUCCAGGGGCCUCGUGGAGAGCCAGGGGAGAAGGUACAAACAGUUCAUACAUGGACUCAUCAACAUGAAGCGUGUGUAUCGCUUCACCUGA